UAUUAUAUUUAAAAAAUAUUUAUAUUUUUUUCUUUCAAUUUCAUUUAUAUACAAUUAAUUAUUUAAAAAAUAUAUAACGGUUUUGUUAAUUUUAAUUAAUAAUUAAAAAAUGUUUGUACAAAAAGUGAUUGAGAAUGCCACCCAAUCAGAACUAUGGAGUUUUUUCACAUUAUCACUGGGCGUAUUUGUCAUCUAUACAUUUUGGGGUUACUUGAAAACAGUUUUUCUCUCUUUAAAGCUUUCAGGACCCGCCCCAGUGCCCAUAUUGGGCAAUUGUCUGCUUAUCAAGGAAAAGGAUUUAAUGCGCAAUCGUGCCGCUAAUGCUUUCAGCUUAUAUGGUUCCCUAGUACGCAUUUGGGUAUUGUUAUUUCCAUUUUUUGUGGUCCUUCAGCCGGAUGAUUUACAGCUGAUCUUAUCCUCAAAGAAACAUACCAACAAAGUGUUUUUCUAUCGUUUGAUGCAUAAUUUUUUGGGCAAUGGCUUGAUUACCAGCAGCGGUGACAAAUGGCACAAUCAUAGACGUUUAAUACAGCCAACGUUUCAUUUGAGUAUUUUGGAACGUUUUAUUGGCACUUUUGCUGAUGCCUCACAAGCUCUGUACGAAACUUUGGCUGACAUUGAAACACAGGAAAUAAAUAUAGCAACAUAUGUUAAUAAUUGUGUGGUGGAUAUAUUAAAUGAAGCGGUUUUGGGAGUGCCAGUUAAGAAAAAGAAUAAUAUUGACAUGGAAAAAUCACCUUUCAGGCAAGGCAAAUUGGUCAUACCACAACGUUUCCUGCAACCUUGGCUCUUAUGGGACAGUCUCUACCACAUGACAAAACUGGCUUCAGACGAACUUGAUCAAAAGAAACGUCUGCAUGAUUUUACACGAAAAAUGAUAACGAAACGUCGUGAAUUGAAGAGUAACAAUAAUGAGAUUGAUAAAAAAUGCCUACUAGACUAUAUGAUCGAUAUAUCGGAUAACAAUCCCGAUUUCACUGAAGAAGAUAUAGUCAAUGAAGCCUGUACUUUCAUGUUAGCUGGCCAAGACUCCGUAGGAGCAGCUGUGGCAUUUACAAUAUUUCUAUUGGCCCAAAAUCCCGACUGCCAGGAGAAAUGCGAAGCUGAAAUUGAGCGAAUCUUUGGUGACGAUAAUCGAGCGCCCACUAUGCAAGAUUUACGUGAUAUGCGUUACAUGGAGAUGUGCAUUAAGGAAUCGUUGCGUUUGUAUCCCAGUGUACCCUUGAUAGCACGUAAAUUGGGCGAAGAUGUGCGUCUGGCCAAAUACACUCUACCGGCCGGCAGUAAUGUUUUUAUAUGUCCCUAUGCCACCCACCGUUUGGAACACAUCUAUCCCGAGCCGGAAAAAUUCGAUCCGGAACGUUUUACAGCGGAAAAUGCAGAAAAAAGACAUCCCUAUGCUUUUUUGCCCUUCAGUGCGGGUCCACGUUAUUGCAUUGGCAAUCGGUUUGCCAUUAUGGAAAUGAAAACAGUAAUUUCGAGAUUAAUACGUAGUUAUUAUAUUUUGCCAGUGCCGGGAAAAACAGUAUUUGAGGCCACAUUUCGUAUUACCCUAAGGGCUUCGGGAGGUUUGUGGGUACGUUUAAAGCCAAAAGAGCAUAAAAUGACAAAUUUUAGUUAUUAAACUUUACAAAAAAGAACUCCAAAAAUCUUUUAUAGUUUUAUAUAUCAGAUGUAAAUUAGAUUUAAGCAUACAUACGUUAUCUAAAAUAUAAGAAGAGUUUUCAAUCAAAUACAACUUCAAUCCUAAUCGUGCGGAACAUAGUCAACCACAUGCCGUUUAACUCUAAUUGGCUUUUAUGUUAGCCGCUUGAAACACGCGUUAAAAAAUGUGUUGGUAACGUCACCCCAUCAAUGGGCCAAUA